AUGAAUAGCUUUUUUCAUGGUCUUGGAAGACUCUUGUCAAGUCCAUCAAUUGAUCUAAACAAGAAAAAUGACAAAGACAAGAUAAAGAAUAAUAACAACAACCUAGAUUGUGACAUUGACAAUGAACCAAUUGAUGCCGAUAGUACGGAUGGUCAACAGAAGACAAAGACACCAAUAAUGCAACUUCCACAACAACAAAGAUCACAGACAAGACCACAGACACAACAAACACAAGCUUCACCAUUGUUACAGCCACAGAAACAGAUACGUCUUAACAAGACAUUCUUUGUUCAAACACUAAAGUUUGGCACUAGCAUGUUCACUGGAUGUAGUCUAGAGGUGGAGAGCGAUCUCUUGAGGUUCCAGUUCAAGCGAGAGUCAUGUUCACAUAUGGAGGAGGUCAAGGUAUUCCAUAAUGAGAUCAAAUCAAUCACAUUGCGUGAACAGAACGUCUUCUCCAUUCAAGGCAUCUAUAGACUGAAUCGCAACCGUGACAAACCAGAGGAUGGAGUCGUUUUAUUCAGUGUAUCAUCACACAAUGGACCUGAUCUCAUCAAUGAAUUACGUUCACUACACAUAACCAUGAUCUCUGAGAGACAAGGUGCACAGUCUGUCCUCGAAGAGCUUGGUGUACCAGACAAACCCGUCCCGCCCAAGCGGGUCUUGCCAUUUCAAUCAUCAUCAUCGUCAUCAUCAUCACCAUGGAUAACAAAGUUAACAUCAUCAUCAACAUCGACAUCAUCAACAUCAUCAACAGCAUCCUCUUCUUUCAACAAGGAAAAGGACAAAGGAAUAACAGCAUAUUUGAACAUCACAACUGUUAGUCGAUCACCUCCACCAACAGCAGCUCCACAACCUGUUGCUGUCAGUCGACCCAAGCCACCGGCUCCGGUUCCAAAGCCCACUCUACAUGUGUCUGGCGAUGAACCAAUGAUCCGAUAUCCACCAUCCAAACCCACAGAGACCAAGCCCGUUGGUCAAGUGACCAUCACAAGGAAGGACAUGAAGCGUCUGAGCAAUGAGGAGUUUCUCAACGACAGCAUCAUCGAAUUCUACACAAAGUACAUCAAUGAUCAUUUCCUACAUCCUGAUCAUAGUUUCUUCUUUUUCAACAGCUUCUUUUACAAGAAGUUGACAUCAUUCCCAUUGGGCGAAGCUCACAAACAUGUGAUCAAAUGGACAAAGAACGAAGACAUCUUCCAAAAGGACUUUAUAUUUAUCCCAAUCAAUCAAUAG